AUGUGUGAGGUGAUGCCCACAAUCAAUGAGGGGGACCCCCUGGGGCCCCCCCACGGCGCCGACGCUGACGCCAACUUUGAGCAGCUGAUGGUGAACAUGCUGGAUGAGCGGGAGAAGUUGCUGGAGUCCCUUCGGGAGAGUCAGGAGACCUUGGUGGCCACGCAGAGCCGGCUCCAGGACGCCCUGCAUGAGCGGGACCAGCUCCAGCGCCACCUUAACUCCGCCCUCCCCCAGGAAUUUGCCACCUUAACCCGGGAGCUGAGCAUGUGUCGGGAACAGCUUCUAGAAAGGGAGGAAGAGGUAUCAGAGCUGAAAGCAGAGCGGAAUAACACAAGGUUGCUUCUGGAACAUCUGGAGUGCCUGGUGUCCCGCCAUGAGCGGUCGCUGCGGAUGACUGUGGUGAAGCGCCAGGCCCAGUCGCCUUCAGGGGUCUCCAGUGAGGUGGAGGUGCUGAAGGCCCUCAAGUCGCUGUUCGAGCACCACAAGGCCCUGGAUGAGAAGGUGCGGGAGCGGCUCCGGGCGGCCCUGGAGCGAGUCACCACUUUGGAAGAGCAGCUCGCCGGGGCCCACCAGCAGGUGUCUGCCCUGCAGCAGGGGGCCGGGGUUCGGGAGGGAGUGGCAGAAGAAGAGGGGACUGUGGAGCUGGGACCGAAGCGCCUGUGGAAGGAUGACACGGGCCGGGUAGAGGAGCUGCAGGAGCUCCUGGAGAAGCAGAACUUUGAAUUGAGCCAGGCUCGGGAGCGACUGGUCACCCUGACGGCAACAGUGGCCGAGCUUGAGGAGGACCUGGGCACGGCCCGCCGGGACCUCAUCAAGUCGGAGGAGCUGGGCAGCAAGCAUCAGCGGGACCUCCGGGAGGCUCUGGCUCAGAAGGAAGACAUGGAGGAGAGAAUCACAACACUAGAGAAGCGCUACCUGGCUGCACAGCGCGAGGCCACUUCCAUCCAUGACCUCAAUGACAAACUGGAGAAUGAGCUGGCCAAUAAGGAGUCCCUGCACCGCCAGUGUGAGGAGAAGGCCCGGCACCUGCAGGAGCUACUGGAAGUGGCAGAGCAGAAGCUGCAGCAGACGAUGCGCAAGGCCGAGACGCUGCCGGAGGUGGAGGCCGAGCUGGCUCAGAGGAUUGCAGCCCUCACCAAGGCUGAAGAAAGGCACGGCAGCAUUGAGGAGCACCUGCGGCAGCUGGAGGGGCAGCUGGAGGAGAAGAACCAGGAGCUGGCGAGGGUACGCCAGCGGGAGAAGAUGAACGAGGACCACAACAAGCGGCUGUCAGACACCGUGGACCGGCUGCUCAGCGAGUCCAACGAGCGCCUGCAGCUGCACCUCAAGGAGCGAAUGGCCGCCCUGGAGGAGAAGAACACGUUGAUCCAGGAGCUGGAGAGCUCCCAGCGGCAGAUCGAGGAGCAGCACCAUCACAAGGGCCGCCUGUCUGAAGAGAUUGAGAAGCUGCGCCAAGAGGUGGACCAGCUGAAGGGUCGAGGGGGGCCGUUUGUGGAUGGCGUCCACUCCAGGUCGCACAUGGGCAGCGCAGCGGAUGUGCGGUUCUCCCUGAGCACAGCCACCCACGUGCCCUCAAGCCUGCACCGCCACUACUCAGCUCUGCGGGAGGAGUCUGCCAAGGACUGGGAGCCCUCUCCACUGCCUGGGGUGCUGGCCCCCACAGCUGCUCCUGCCUUUGACAGUGACCCCGAGAUCUCCGACAUGGAUGAGGAUGAGCCAGGGGGUCUGGUGGGCUCCGUGGAUGUUGUCUCCCCCAGUGGCCACUCGGAUGCCCAGACCCUGGCCAUGAUGCUGCAGGAGCAGCUGGAUGCCAUCAAUGAGGAGAUCAGGAUGAUCCAGGAAGAGAAGGAGUCCACGGAGCUGCGUGCCGAGGAGAUCGAGACUCGAGUGACCAGCGGCAGCAUGGAGGCCCUCAACCUGACCCAGCUGCGCAAACGCGGCUCCAUGCCCACCUCUCUGACUGCCCUGUCCCUGGCUAGCGCGUCCCCUCUGCUCAGCGGCCGCUCCACGCCUAAGCUUACCUCCCGCAGUGCUGCCCAGGACCUGGACCGCAUGGGGGUCAUGACCCUGCCCAGUGACUUGAGAAAGCAUAGGAGGAAACUGCUGUCGCCAGUGUCUCGGGAAGAGAACCGAGAGGAUAAAGCCACCAUAAAAUGUGAGACUUCUCCUCCUUCCUCACCCAGGACGCUGCGGCUAGAGAAGCUUGGCCAUCCAGCCCUGAGCCAGGAAGAAGGCAAAAGUGCUCUGGAGGAUCCGGGCAGCAACCCAAGCAGCAGCGACGGCAGCCAGGACUCCUUGCACAAGGGCGCCAAGCGCAAGGGCAUCAAGUCGUCCAUCGGCCGCCUGUUCGGGAAGAAGGAGAAGGGCCGGCUAAUCCAGCUGAGCCGGGAUGGAGCCACGGGCCAUGUUCUGCUAACAGACUCCGAGCUUGGUCUGCAGGAGCCCAUGGUGCCUGCCAAGCUGGGGACCCAGGCAGAGAAGGACCGGCGGCUGAAGAAGAAACACCAGCUGCUUGAAGACGCCCGCAGAAAAGGAAUGCCCUUUGCCCAGUGGGAUGGCCCUACUGUGGUCUCCUGGCUGGAGCUCUGGGUGGGGAUGCCUGCCUGGUACGUGGCAGCCUGCCGGGCCAACGUCAAGAGCGGUGCCAUCAUGUCGGCCCUGUCGGACACGGAGAUCCAGCGUGAGAUUGGCAUCAGCAAUGCCCUGCACCGGCUCAAGCUCCGGCUGGCCAUCCAGGAGAUGGUGUCGCUGACCAGCCCCUCCGCCCCACCCACCUCCAGGACUUCUUCCGGGAAUGUCUGGGUCACCCAUGAAGAGAUGGAAACUCUGGCAACACCCACUAAAACAGACAGUGAGGAGGGCAGCUGGGCUCAGACCCUGGCCUAUGGGGACAUGAACCACGAGUGGAUUGGGAACGAAUGGCUCCCCAGCCUGGGGCUCCCCCAGUACCGCAGCUACUUCAUGGAGUGCCUGGUGGACGCCCGCAUGCUGGACCACCUCACCAAGAAGGACCUGCGGGUCCACCUGAAGAUGGUGGACAGCUUCCACCGAACCAGUCUUCAGUACGGCAUCAUGUGUCUGAAGAGGCUGAAUUAUGACCGCAAGGAGCUGGAGAAAAGACGGGAGGAAAGCCAGCAUGAGAUCAAGGAUGUGCUCGUCUGGACCAACGACCAGGUGGUUCACUGGGUCCAGUCCAUUGGGCUGCGGGAUUACGCAGGAAACCUGCAGGAGAGCGGCGUGCACGGGGCCCUGCUGGCCCUGGAUGAGAACUUUGACCACAACACGCUGGCCCUGGUCCUCCAGAUCCCCACGCAGAAUACCCAGGCACGCCAGGUGAUGGAAAGAGAGUUCAACAACCUGUUGGCCUUGGGCACAGACCGGAAGCUGGAUGAUGGCGAGGACAAGGUGUUCCGGCGCGCGCCGUCCUGGAGGAAGCGCUUCCGGCCGCGGGACCCGCACGGCGGCCUGCUCGGCGCCUCGGCGGAGACGCUCCCGGCCGCCUUCCGCGUGGCCAGCCUGGGGCCGCUGCAGCCCCCGCCCGCGCCGCCCAAGAAGAUCACGCCGGAGGCUCGCUCCCACUAUCUCUACGGACACAUGCUCUCCGCCUUUCGGGACUAG